UCUCUCUCUCUACUCCUUCUCUCUCUAAAUCUCGCCCUGCUCGUCCACUCACUCGUUCCCCCAUCGAAUUGAAACCCAAAUCUCUCUCUCUAACUCGCUCGCAAACUCACCAUAUUAUCAAAUUUUAAUCACUCACCCAAAAAAAACCCUCAAAUUUACCCGCCAAAAAAGCUUUAUUCUUUCUCGGUUUCUCCCUCACAAAAUUUUCGCCCUUUCAAAUCCCCCAACCCGCCCAACGGCUAAGCCUCUCCGUCCCUCUGGCCUCUCUAGGGUUUCUCUCUCGCCUUCUGUCUCUCUUUGAGCUCCCUUUCCUUUGCUCCUAAAACGGCCUUGUUUAGGGGCUUCGCUCUCCCAGCGCCUUAAUUAUGGAUCCACCCCUGAACGCCGAACCCACUCAGCUGCCCCCGCCGGCGGUCUCAAUUGGGGAAAAGAGGCCGAUUGAGAAUGGAGGAGAAGGAGAUUUGGGGACCCAGUUGAACAAGAAGCCCAGAUUGGGACCCAAUUCGGAGAAGGAUCUGAGGAGAGUGGCGGAGAUUGUUCUGGCCUUGUCAACCAUGGCCAAGAUCCGAGGGGGGAAGAAGCCCACGGAGCCGGAGAUUGGGCUUAUGGGGGAAGCUAGGUCGAAGCUGGUGGAGCUGUGUGAAGGUUUGGCGCCUAAGGAUAUUGUGGGCAGGGAUGCAAUUGGCGCUGUGAUUGAGGAUUUGGGGCUUAAUGCUAAGCUUAAGGAACAGAGAUUAGGGUUCCGGGGUCCCAAGUUGACGAUUUCCGAGAAGUUUUCACAGACGAAGAGGAAGAUGGAAGAAUCCAAGAAAUUCUCUGCACAAGCUCAACCUGCUGCACAUCCAUCUCACCCAUUAAAAACAAGCUUAAAUGCAGCGGCUGAAACCCAUGGGAUGCCACAUAACGUUCAUAUGAUUCCUACAAGCAAACCAAGUCAUGCACCAAUUUCCUCGGGAGGUUUCCCCGUUUCUCCAUCUCUUUUUCAUGCAUCUACGGCAACUCCCUCACCUACACAGUAUCAGUUUCCCAACAAUGAUGUUAGAGCAUCCAUGGUGUCUAGUGGUUUUCCUAGUAGUCAUCUAGGAAGAGAUUCUUCUUCCCCAACGGUGCCUAAAGUUGAAAGAGCACAGUUCAGAUCAGACGGAGGACCAAAUGCAAAUGCGUCUUCUUAUGCAUUUCAAGUACAAGCAAAUUCGUUUGCAAAUCAUCCACAUCCACCAGUGAAUGCUCCAGCUUGGUCAGUGCAAGCUCAAUCUGCUAAAAGUGGACCAGAACACAAGGUGCCAAACUAUACACCUGUCAAAGUUGACGGAAGUACUGGUAUCAGUAUGCAACAGAUGACUUCUGUAGCUGCGCGGAAUCAGAAUACUAAACCAUUUGUCUCUCAAUCAGCUUCUGGAAAUCUACCCGUUGUACAUCAGCCUUUGCAACAGAUGCACUUUGUUAAAACUCCUCAGCUUUCUAAUAAUCACAAUGAAAUUGCCAAAGUUAUUCAGAAAUUAUUACAACCACAGCCUCCUGAUCAUCCUACAUGGAUUCCUCCGUCAAGGGAUUACAUGAGUAAGACUUUGACUUGCCAGAGUUGCCAGCUUACGAUCAAUGAGGUGGAUAACGUUCUUAUUUGUGAUGCGUGUGAGAGAGGAUAUCACAUAAUGUGUGCACAGUCAUCUAACCAGAGAGGAAUUCCUAGAGGUGAGUGGCACUGCAUGAGAUGCCUGUCACUGAGCAAUGGAAAGCCCUUGCCUCCGAAGUAUGGACGUGUGAUGAGAAGUAAUAUACAAGUAAAAGUUCCUUCUAACACAGCUGGAAUUCAAAUGUCCUUGGAGAAUAAACUGGAAAAUUUAGAUCCAAGGGUCAACCAGCCGAAUAUAGCUGCAAAUGGAAGUUCUGUUUUGCAGAAUACUGCUGGUAUAGGUGGUGGGAGCAGCAAUCACAUUGAGUCAGCACCAGAUCUAAAGAUUUUAACUGCAAAAGAAUCUCAACGGAAGAAUCUCGUAUCAAGCAGUAAAAAUAGGGAUGAGAAUCCUCUUUCUGGAAGUUACCCGUCAAGUGAAAGAUCUGAGGAGAAAUGUUCUGAAUCAAAAUCAGACCCUCAUUCUGAACCAAAAGAAACUACUGAAUCAUCUAGAGUUGAAGAUUCUGAAUCAAUUGCAGAAUCUCCUGCUGAGUCAAAAGCAGAGCAUCCUGCUGAAUCAAAAGCGGAGCAUCCUGAUGAAUCAAAAGUAGAGCCUCCUCUUGAACCAAAAGAAACUACUGAAUCAUCUGGAGUUGAAGAGAGACCUUCUGAAUCAAAAGCAGAACCUGCUGCUGAAUCAAAAGCGGAGUGCCCUGCUGAAUCAAAAGCAGAGUGCCUACUGCUGAACCAAAAGAAACUACUGGAUCAUUUAGAGUUGAAGAGACACCUGGAUCAAAAGCAGAACAUCCUUCUGAAUCAAAAGCGGAGCUUCCUGCUGAAUCAAAAGCAGAGCCUCUUGCUGAACCAAAAGAAACUACUGAAUCAUCUAGAGUUGAAGAGAGACCUUCUGAUUCAAAAGCAGAGCCUCCUGUUGAACCAAAAGAAACUACUGAACCAUCUAGAGUUGAAGAGAUACAUUUUGAAUCAAAACCAGAAGCUUCUGCUGAUUUUUCCAACAAGGAUACUGGUAAGUCCGAUCAUUCCCAACCCCCUUCCAACACACAAGUUGUGGACGGUGCUUGGCUGCCCAACUCUUCAGAAGUUCCAUCAAUGAUAUUCCAUGACCAGAAUUCUGCAUUGGAAGACCCAGAUACUUCUCACUCUGUAGGAAACUCUGGCUCCUCUUUAAGAUAUGACAUCAAACGGAAUGACCAAAGCGGUGCACAAGCAAAUACUUGUGAAAUUUCU